AUGGCGAACCCGCAUCCCAUCCCCAAGGUCUACCCAGAGCAUCCCUUUCACGCCAAGAAUGCCAUCAAGUCCGGCGUCAACGGUGCCAUGAUUGGAGGUGCCGCCGGUCUGAUCGCAUCCGCCGUCCAGAACUCCCUGGCCAAGACCAACGUUGGAGCUUUCGGCAUCUUCACGCGAUCCGGCGCCACCGUCGCUACCUUGACUGCCGUACCUGCCGUCUACUGCUUCGUCAAGGACGCCUCGGCCAACCUCAGGGAAAAGGACGAUACCCUCAACACCACCAUCGCGGCUUUCUUCGGUGGAGCUACGCUAGGUCUACGAUCACUCCGUAUCCCCCAGAUUCUUGGCCAGGGAGCACUUAUCUCCGUGGUUCUCACAGCUUUCGAUUACACCGGAGGCCAUUUGAAGGGCAAGCGACCAGAGCACGAGUUUGCAGACGAGUUCGAGCGCAGGCAACAUCUGAGACUAAACCGCAGGCGGCCAUUAACAGAGACAAUUGCGGAUAUCGGGGAGGGUAGAGGUAUUGAGCCCCCAGGCUACAAGGAACGAAGAGCAGAGAGACUCAAGGAGAAGUACGGCGUCGAGAUCAACCCCGUUUCUGCCACAGUCGAAUAA